AUGACAAAAUCCCUGUUGGAGGUGACUGGACUAUCAUGGGAACUACUCAUUGGGCGCUACGAGAACAAACGCCUACUCAUCCAAGCUCAAUUGGACAAGGCCUGCAGUAUCACUCAGCUCAAGUCUAAAUCUGCGAAGGGACUUUCCGCACUCAUUUCAAAGGUCUCUGAGGCCCGAAAAGCCUUGGAAUCUCUUGAUGUCACCGAUUCUCUGGGAGACAUAAUUCUCGUCCAUCAUGUUUCCCGCAGUCUGGACAAUGCCACGCGGGAGGGAUGGGAGACCUCGUUGGGUGCAUCAACUGAGUACCCAUCAUUCUCACAACUUGAGGAAUUCAUCAAUGCUCGAGCGCGCGCUCUCGAACGCAUUGAAUCGAGCUCAUCGUCGAACUCAUCAGCCGCAUCAUCAACAAGCACUCAUCCCAGAAAAUCGGCAACUGCUCAUCAGGCGAGUAGCCCGCCUCAAACCCAACAGGCAGCAGCUGGUGCAUACAACUGCGACUGCUGCAAUGGCAAUCAUUUCGUGGCAGACACAAUGCGAACUCAUGCCGCUCAACCAAGGGGUGUAAAACUUGCGGUGCAAAACACCACACAAUGCUACACGAACCAGCUCAACGUCAGUCACCGACCUCUCAAUCAAACACUGAGCCGUCUCCAUCCACAGCAACGAGCACUCAAUAGGAAGUCGGUGCAAUCGUCCACUCAUCAACUGCCUGCUGCACUCAACCGACUACUCUGCUUGCCACAGCAAUUGCUGAGGUCCACUCAGCACUCAACACUCAUCAUGUUCGCAUACUCAUCGAUCCGGGCUCUGAGCUCACCAUCGCCUCAGAGCAACUCAUUCGAGCACUCAACGUCAGCCGCCAACACUCAACAAUCAACAUCACAGGCAUUGGAGGAAAAAAGAUUGGCCGAUCCAGACUUCUUGAAGCCGCGGCCGAUCGACAUUAUCCUCGGAGCGGAUGUUUAUGGGCUCAUCAUCAAGCCCAACAUUCUCAACCACUCACCUUCAAUGCCAAUUGCUCAGUUGUCAAUUUUUGGUUGGCUCGUUCUUGGCCCAGUGCACUCAACACCGUCUACUUCUUGCACUGCAUUUCAUGUCAAGGCUCAAACUGACAACAAUGACUUGCAGCAACUCCUCACCAAGUUCUGGAUUCAGGAGGAGCUACCAUCCGACGCUGCAAGCCCACUCACACCUGAAGAGCAAGAGUGCGAAGAUCACUUUCGUGCCACUCAUUCUCGAGACGCCUCAGGUCGGUACAUUGUUCGAAUCCCACUCAAAUCAUCUCGCAACUUAUUGGGCAACUCAUACAGAACCGCUCACCAUUGUUUACAACGAAUGCUCAAAAAGCUUGAGCGAGAUGACACACUCAAGAAACUCUACGCAAAUUUCAUGCGGGAGUACGAAGACUUAGAACACAUGGUUCGUGUAUCGGGAUACUCAUCAAAGCCAACUCAUCACGGCAAGUCCACUGUUGACGCAGUCUCCGGUGAGAUGACCUUGGCACCAGAUGCUUCAAAACCAUUUGGAGGGUUGAGGGUCUCAUCUGGCGGCUCGGAGACACGGAUGAAGCCUGUGUAUUAUUUGCCGCAUCACGGCGUUCUCAGACCCGAUAGUACCACCACCAAGCUCCGUGUUGUAUUCAAUGGCUCAAGCUCAACGUCUUCAGGACGCUCAGUCAACGACAUCAUGCACACAGGCCCAAACCUGCUGUUAGACGUCUUUGACGUACUCAUUUGGAUUCGACAUCAUCGGCACAUCUUCGCCACCGACGUGACAAAAAUGUAUCGUCAAAUCAAAGUGCACGAAGACGAUUGGGAUCUUCAACGCAUUCUCUGGGUUGAUGAACACCUCAAUGAAGCUCAUUAUCAGCUCACCACGGUGACCUAUGGCACAAAGGCAGCCCCAUACCUUGCUGUCCGAGCUCUCAUCCAAUUGGUUGAGGACGAAGGCCAUCGGUUUCCGCUGGCAAUCCCCUCAUUGCUCAAGGGACGAUAUGUCGAUGACAUAUUCGGGGGAGCAGAUUCAAGCAAACAACUCAUCAAAAUCGCUCACCAACUCACCAAUCUUUGCAAGGCGGGAGGCUUCCCUCUUGCAAAAUGGCAAGCAACUGAUCAGGCUCUACUAGCGGCAGUUUCAGCAACUCAUGAGCCUUCAAAACCCAUCUCAUUCGACGAUUGCUCGACCAAACUUCUCGGACUCAAGUGGCUCCCACGAGCCGACACCUUUGUUUUCACAGCAAAGCCUAGUGAUCACUCAAAAUCAAUUACGAAGCGACUCAUAUUAUCUGAGGUAGCACAGAUAUUCGAUCCACUUGGACUCAUCUCACCUGUGACAAUCAGAGCAAAAUUGCUCCUGCAAGAGCUCUGGUUACACAAAAUCAACUGGGACGACCCAUUGCCGUCUCACAUCAUUUCAAAAUCGUCUCACUUCAGAGAAGAUCUCAAAAAUUUGGCUCAAAUCUCAAUUCCCAGGUGGUUUCACACCUGGACUAACUCAACAGUGAAGCUCCACGGUUUCUCUGAUGCUUCUCAACUAGCGAUGUCAGCUGUCGUCUACAUCGUCUCACACUCGCCGUCCACAGACGCCAAAUCAUCUCUCGUUUGCGCAAAGACGAAAGUAGCUCCAAUCAAACCACUCACAAUCCCGAGGUUAGAACUCACAGCAGCGCUGCUACUAUCAAAACUCAUCAAGCAUGCACAAGCUACACUCCAGCUACCAAUUACUUCAACUCAUUUGUGGACGGACUCUCAAGUCGCACUCAUGUGGAUCAAAUCACCCGCUUCGCGCUGGAAGGACUUUGUCAGGAACCGAGUAACUCAAAUUCAAGAACUCACGCCUCAAGCUCAUUGGAGACUCGUUCCUGGCACAUCCAACCCAGCUGACGGCCCAUCAAGGGGCUUAACCGCUCAACAACUCAAAGAUCACUCACUCUGGUGGACGGGACCACCAUGGAUACUCAAACCAAUGACCUCAUGGCCUCGACAGACUCAACCCUCAGCUGACCUCAUUGCACAUGAGGCCCGUCAAGGCGUUGCUCUCUUCGUGGCCACUCCGAGAGUCGAGUAUCAUUGGGACCUCAUUCAUCGAUACUCGACGCUCUCAAAACUCAUCCGAGUCACCGCUUUGUGCUCCAAGGUCAUUUCAAGAUUGAGGAGACAAACUGACUCACCACUCAUUUCGCGAGACGACAUGGAGGCUGCUAAAGUCUUUUGGAUUAAGGCCACUCAAGCAGCGUAUUUCUCACACGAGCUAUGCUCAUUGAAGUCAAAUAUUCCACUACAAAGAACUCACGUUUUUUCUCGAUUGACCGCCUUCCUUGAUCACGAAGGCGUCAUUCGGGUCGGUGGUCGGCUCAACUUGUCAACACUCAGUCCGGAGACUAAGCACCCAGCCAUAUUGCCUCGCCACUCACGCCUAUCAACACUCGUAAUCGACAAUUCUCAUCGUCGCACAUUACAUGGGGGCACUCAACUCACUCUGGCUGACAUUCGCCAGUCAUACUGGAUACUCGGAGGCAGAGCUCCAGUGAAAACUCACAUUCUCCAUUGUGUAAAAUGCGCACGUCAGCGAGGGAUUCGCGCUCAACAGCUGAUGGGUCAGCUGCCUGUUGCUCGUGUCACCCUAUCUCGCCCAUUCACUCACACUGGAGUCGAUUACGCAGGGCCACUCACACUGAAGACCUGGAAAGGGCGAAGUGCAAAAACAAUGAAGGGUUGGAUUUGCGUCUUCGUGUGUCUCACAACUUUAGCAGUUCAUCUUGAAGCAGUCAGUGAUUAUUCAACUGAUGGAUUCAUCGCUGCAUAUCGACGCUUCGUCUCAAGACGAGGCAUUCCAGACACACUCUACUCAGACUGUGGAACCAAUUUCGUAGGCGCUGAUGCAGCUCUGAAGCGAAUGGUCACUCAGUACACUCACGAAAGUCGUCAAAUUGCCUCACAGCUGGCUGUUGACGGCACUCAAUGGCACUUCAAUCCUCCAGCCACUCCUCACAUGGGAGGAAAGUGGGAAGCAGUGGUAAAAUCAAUGAAGUAUCAUCUCAGACGCAUAGUAGGAGAGACUGUGCUGACCUUUGAGGAACUCACAACCAUGCUUUCACAAAUCGAAGCAGUGUUGAACUCACAACCGCUAGAAGCACUCAGCGACGAUCCAGAGGACGUAUCAGCACUCACUCCUGGUCAUUUCUUGACUGGAGAUGCUCUAUCAAGUUUGCCUGAGCCAUCGUUGACUCACUUAAACAUCAAUCACCUCUCUCGUUGGCAACUCAUUCAACAAAAGAUUCAAAACCUUUGGUCUCAGUGGUCAGCUCACUAUCUCCAGCGUCAACAAUCAAUUUCGAAAUGGCAUCAUCCAUCAAAUGAAAUCAAGGUAGGAUCACUCGUACUCAUCACAGAUGAAAGAUUCUCGCCAGGCAAGUGGCCUUUGGCCAGGGUCACUGCUCUACACCCAGGUGGGGAUGGACUCAUCAGAGUGGUCACACUCAAAACAGCCUCUUCGACACUCACUCGGCCGAUCGCGAAGCUCGCGCCUCUGCCCUCUCAACAACAAGACGUCUCAAACUAG